CCGUUGAGACAAAAUGUAAACAACAACACUUGCGGUUCGGAUCAGUUGCUCUUCUCGUUUCUUUCCUUUGCGUUCUUAAAAAAACGGUAUUCCAUCCGUCGUGAUAACGCAUCAAGUUACUUGUGAUUAAUCUACUCAAACCCUCUGACCAGUCUUAUCGUUUGUGUACCAUCAUGCUUCAGCCCAAAGUUCUAACAUCCGUUCUGAGCCAGGCGAAUACGGGAGGCGUCGAAAACACGAUCCUGCUCACACAUGAAGGAGCACUGCUGGCGUUUUCCGGAUUCGGCGACAAGGACGCCACGGUCACAGCGGCGAUCGCGAGCAACAUCUGGUCCGUUUACGAAAAGAAUGGCCGCAACGCAUUCCGAGAAGAUCGACUCCAGUACGUGUUUCUGCAGUGUGAGAACGGUAACGUCGUCAUUACGCAGGUGGCCAACCUGCUGCUCUGUCUGUACGCCCGGGACAGUGUGGGGCUUGGCAUACUGAAGGAAAAAGCGCAAGCCCUUGCCACCUACCUGGAGGGACCGCUGAAAGAGAUCGCUACAUCGUAGGAGGGCCAAACUUUUGUUACAUUGAUAUUUAUUAGAGCUUAAUACAUUUGCGUUCACUUAUUGCCGGCACGCUUGUAUAAAAGGA